UGAUCUGCAGGAACCAACACUACCAACCCACAUUGACCGUCCUCCCGGGACUCCCUAUUGGAGAAUCAAUAUCGAACACCGUUGGUCAGGAAUUGUAGCCGCAAGAUAAUGACAACACAUGCAGCGUUGCAGUUCUUUCGGUCAUUGAUGUAACACCGAUCAAUUUGUGCCCUGAGGCUACUGAUAUCUUAAAGGGACAUGGAACUCGAUGUUCACCCGCCGUUAAAAAGUCUCGCGUCAAUUGUUCGUUCACCCCUACCACCUUUAUAGCACAAGUGAGACUAGAAAGAUGAAGCUCAGUCUCAAUAUCUCAGCCCUCUUCCUCUCGGCCCUCCUACAGAGCGCCUCAGCGUCAUCCGCCCACAACCACACCAAACCGCUCCCCUCCAGCUACUAUCACGACAAAAUCAAAGGGGCAGUCGCCCCUUACAACUUAUGCGACGACUGCGGCUGCCCCGACGAUGACUACUAUGUGAACGGCAACUGCGGUCUGUUCGCAGGCGACUCCGACUACGGCGGUCUGCCAGGCAUAUGGGCGGCUUCGGUGCCGGCAGCAUGGGCCCAGGAAUUCGGCCCCAUAGGGAGGGACAAUCCGCUUUGUGGAGCAGUAAUGCACAUGACCGCGCCGAAUGGGCAGACAGUGAAGAUUGCUAUCGCGAAUGCGGGGGAUGCGUUCAUUGAUAAAAGGGAUGCUGAUAAAAGCCCGGGGGAUUAUGGAUAUUGGACGGUCUGUUUUGGUUUGAUUGAGCAGUUUGGCGGUUCUGUAGAUACUUCUGCAAUCAACGUUACAUGGACGCUCAUUGCGAAUGAGACUGUUGGUAAUAAGACGUUGUCCUGAGCGAUCAUAUGCUGUUAUUUCAGUGCUGAGAUAGAGAAACAAGGUGUUGAGUGGCUUUAAACAAUUCUCGAGAUCAAUACAUCCUG